AUGGAGCCAUACAGACUAACGGCCACCCAAGCCGUGUCGCAAAUACAAGCCGGCACUCUGACCGUCUCAGCCUACGUGACGUCGUUGCUGUCGCGCAUCGAACAGCGAGAUGAGGCCGUCCAGGCAUGGGCCUACCUGGACCGGGAGCUAGUACUGCGGCGUGCGCGGGAGCUGGACGUGAUCCCGCCGGGCGAGCGAGGGCCGCUGUAUGGCGUGGUUGUCGGCGUCAAGGACGUCAUCUACACCAAAGACAUGCCCACGCAGCACAACUCACCCAUCUACAAGGACGACGCGCCCGCUCUGGACGCAGGUUGUGUGGCCAUUCUGCGCUCGUCAGGCGCGCUCAUACUCAGAAAAACCACAACAACCGAGUUCGCCGCGACCAUCACGAGCCCGGCAACGCGCAACCCACACGACCCAGCCCGCACGCUAGGCGGCUCCAUGAUCCGGCCGGCGUCGUUCAACGGCGUGUACGCACUCAAGCCGACAUGGGGCGCCAUAUCGCCUGAGGGCCUGAAAGUAUACUCGCUCACUCUCGACACGCUGGGGCUGUACGCACGCAGCGCAGCGGAUCUCGAGCUGCUGGGGGCUUCAGGAAACAGCGAGGCAAAAGGUGUCAGCGGAAUGAGAUUUGCAGUGCUCAAAAACCCGAGGGCUGCCUUCCCCGACCCCGGACUGGGGAGCCAACACGCCAUAACCAAGGCGGUGGCGCUUCUGCGCGAGCACGGCGCCACGGUAGACGAGAUCGACAACGACACGGUGUGGCCGGACUUUGACCAGAUGCCCACAUGGCACCGAACCGUCAUGACGACGGACGGACGCGUAGCGCUGGAUGAGCAGCUGGCAGGGCAGGUUGAGAACAAGGGCGGAUUCACGCAUAAGGCGCGGCUGGCGGCGCUGGACGGGAUUGCGGCGUUGCAGCCGCGGGUCGACCAAGUGCUGCAGGGGUAUGAGGCCCUUUUGACGCCGAGCGUCCCGGACGAAGCUCCUGUGGGCUUCGAGAACACGGGCAGCGCUGCCUUCAACAGCGUGUGGAGGGCACUACACGUCCCAGUGGUCAACGUGCCGGGAUUUCAGGGCGAGGACGGACUGCCCGUCGGUGUUUCACUCGUGGCGCCCCGGUAUCGUGACCGUCAUCUGGUCCGCGUGCGUGCCGCGGUGGGUGAGAUCUUCGAGGCACAAGGCGGGUGGAGGCCCAAGAACCAUAUCCACGACUGA